AAAAUCGUACCUAUCACACAGGCUUUGUGGGGAAUAUGUAUGUGUAUGAGUCAGUUGAUGAGGCUUUUUUUUUUUUUUUUAUGAGGAUUCAGCAUCCUCUAGGUGCAACAGCAGCAGCAGCGGCGGCGGCAGCAGCCUCAGCCUCAGCCCUCCCCCUCUGCAGCCUUUCCAGCAGUAUGCCCGACACUCAAACGGAAGCAGGCGCUACCAUUUUGAAAUACAGCACCGCCUAGCGCCAUGGACAAGAGCCACACUGUGAAGCUCUUCGUGGGCAACCUGGCGUUGGACACCACCCAAGAGGAGCUGUCAGCCAUCUUCGAACCUUAUGGCCAGGUGGUCAGCUGCAGCGUGCUGCGACAGUUCGCCUUCGUCCACCUGCAGGGCGAGGGUGCCGCCGAGCGCGCCAUCCGGGAGCUCAACGGACGGGAGUUUCGCGGCCGGAAUUUGGUGGUGGAGGAGUCGAGGGGACGGCCGCUGCACUCCACCAAGGUGUUCGUGGGUAAUCUGAGUGGGAUGUGCACCACUGAAGAUCUACAGCAGCUGUUCCAGACGUUUGGAAAAGUUCUUGAGUGUGACAAAGUCAAAGCCAGGCAUUCCUCUUCCGCAGGCUACGCCUUUGUUCACAUGGAAAACAAGGAAGAUGCGCUCCAGGCCAUCGAGGCCCUGCAUGGCACCUCAUUUAAGGGCCGCCCCCUGUCUGUAGAGCUGUCCAAGGUCCAGCCCAGCAAGCAGGCACCGACAGGGAAAAUCCCCUGUGUUAACUGUGGAAAGCAGGGCCACUAUGCUGGAGAAUGCCCUGUGGGGAAGCCUUCUCUGGAGCAGUACCAGAGUCAGGCAGCGGUCCUGGCCGCCGCUGCUGCUGCAGCCGCCGGACUGCCUCUCCAGGUCCAACAGAGUGUCCACAAUUCAGUCUACAACACCUCCACUUUUGAUCCCACGUAUGCGGCUCUCACUGGGAUCACCACAGGCACACGCACUGAUGGAAAUCCAGUGAACCCAGCUGUUUAUGGUGCCCUUGCCAGUCAGGUGUAUGGUGCCAAUGUCGCCAAUCAGCUUUAUGGCACGGUGGCCAAUCAGGCAGCUCUCACAUCAGGCGCCACCCAAGUGUACAGCUCGAUGGCCCCCAACAUCUACGGCCAGGUGGCUGCAUCCCCGGCGGCGGCUGCUGCUGCCGCCGCCGCUGCCGCCUACUCGACUCCAGUUUACACCCCAACUGUGGCCAACCCCCCCGUCUAUCUGACUGCUGCUCCUGGAAUAGAAAUGCCAACAGCAGCGGCUGCGGUAAACCCCGCCUACACUGUAGCUCCAGCAAUUUAUGGUGCCGCCACACCAGCCUAUGCUCACAUAAGCGCCAUGGGAGCAGCGGACCCUACUACAGCCAUCUUUGAGGCAGCCAGGCAGGCGCAUUACUUUGCCCAAGGCCAGCAGGUUGUGGCUGAGCAGCAGUCAGUGGCUGCUGCUGCUGCUGCAGCGGCGGCUGUGGCAAAGUCGGGUGAGAGGGACCGUAGUCCCCUACGGAGGUCGGCGCCCCUGCUACCAGACCCUGUGAUGAAGCCGUUCAUGUACCAGAGAGCCAAGCCGCGUCGACCCCUGCUCCCCACACCAGCUGGGCGAGCAGCAGAAGAGGCCGUCGAGGCUGCAGAGGACCCCAUGGCCAGGUACUAUGCUGAGUACUACCAGCAGCUGCAGCAGUACCCUCAGUUCCAGUAUGCCUACCCACCACCGAGCACAGUGACAGCCAUCCCUGGCAUGCCGGGAGUGCAGGCCAUGCCAGCAGUCCCUGCUGUGCAAGCGAUGUCAGCCCAGUCGGUCGCCACGCUGGAUGCCCUCAGGCCAGUGGUCCCCACUGCUGCGGCAGUGGCAGCCGCCAUGGCUGCGCCCAGGGUGUAUGAGCCGCCGUUGCCGCCGCCCACGCGCAAGGAGGCCAUCCUCCGCCGCCCCGAACUCUCCCUUCACACGCCUGAGCCCCCCUUCCGAUAGUCGCACACAACUCUCUGCCCCCAUCCCUCCCUCUUUGCCCUGACCCCCCCCCCCCCCCCCCCCCAACCCCACAUCUCCUCUUCCACCCCAAACUUGACCACCUUACAGCAGCUGUAUGUGUGUGUAUGUGAGUGUGAGUGUGCGUCUGGGGGCUCUAAGUGUGUGGGGUUGGGUUUGAAACUGGGGGCUUGGUUUAUUAACCUGCUUUAUGAGGGACUUGAUCAGCGAACCUUGGUCCUGUUUGCAUACACACAGUGCAGCCAUGAAAGGGAGGCUCUCAUCUGUUGUAUGGGCAUUCUUUGUGCUUCUCAGUUUUACUUUUUUAACGUGCCAGUCUCACACUUGUGCCAGUAUUAGACUGACCCAGUCAGUCGUUUCAUAUGCCUUUAUUUCCGCAACCCAGUUAUGAUUUUCUAUGGCCAAAUCUACGAUAAAAGAGACAUUGGUUUUAAACCUAUCAGCCAUCCUCCUUAGGCCUAGAUGAUCAGUUAGGGCAGCUAAUUUGAAACCUUUUUUGCCUUAUGUUGAAGACUUUAGAUUUGUAAUGUAAUCAGAUGGGAAGUCAGGCAAACACACAUUGUGUACUGGCUGCAUUGCAUUGUAUCCAACAGAACCAAGACUGAUGUGUUUGGGGGGAUUGCUUGUCUUGAAUGUGAAGUGGAUGUAGUGUGUGUGAAUGAGUGAAAGAGAGAGAGAUGUGCAGGCUCCUGACCUUGCAGCACACAAACGCAGCAGCUAGGACUGCGCCUUGCAGGAAAAAAGAAAAAACCUAAAGCACACAUAACACGUACUGUAAUGUAUGUUUGGAUCUCUCCUCGACCCUUUUUCUGAAUCCCUUCCUCACCUUUACUCUAACUGCAACGCUGAAAGACACUGCUUCACCUCUCUUUCUCUUUCUAACUACAGCUGCCUACCUCUGACAGUAAAUUUCAGUGUAGAGUCUGUUCUAUUCUAUUCUGUUCUAUUCUAUUCUAUUCCACACCAGUCAGCAGUUUAUUUCCUGCUCCUCGUAAAGGUACAGGAUCAGCAGUUUAGGGAGGAGCUGGAUUUCAGUGACAGUGACUUUUGUAGAUAGUCCUCCUUCAUGUUCAGAGGCCUUUCUUUUUAAAAUAGUGUACGUGUUUUGUUUGUUUUUUUCAGUGUAGUUUACAUAAUAAUACGUAAUACAAGUCAAACUGGGUUGUGAUGAAUUGUAAAUGGGGGGGGAGAAAAAAAAACUCAUGUGUGACUACUGAAUGAGCUGUUUACAAAGAAUCUUUACACUGCGUCCUGUUAGGAAUCAUGAUGAUAUGUGACAAGCUCAAUUAUGUGCCUAUAAGCUUUGAGUGAAGUGCAUUAAGUGGAGGGAUCUCCCAUUUUUAAGUGCUUUUUUGACAUUACUUUUUAAUCAUUUCAAUGAGCUUAGUAUCCAGAAGGCUACGAAGCUUUCUCGUGGACUUGUACUCGUGUAUUACUUUCUGUUUCAUAUCAUAGGGUUUUGAAAAAAGCCACAAAUUGAGCCUCGCGGGUUUUACGAUUAGCCGCUAGUUUUUAAGCAGAAACGAUAGCACCAAUGAAGUGAGAGGUGGGGCAGUGUCUUCCAGUUGCCCCAGCUAUCCUCUUUUUUUGUUUGUUUUUUUCCCCAAAUAAAUACCAGACCUGCUUCAGAUUGUAAUUGCCAAAAAAUGUUUAGUAUGUGUUCUUUUUUUUUUUUUUUUUUUUUAUCUGGUUGUGGUGUCUGAUAGGUGAGCUCUGCUACAUCCGGAUAACAAAAGCUCGACUUGCGAGGUCACAUUUCUGAGCUUGUCCUGAGUGGGAAAUUCCACCCAUCUGGUUCUACAAUCACUUUAAACAAACAGUUAAAGUUUUCCUUGUUUUUUUUCUUUUUCUUUUUUUUGCAACUACCAUUUGACAGCGGUCUGAUGCACACACAGACGUACCAUCUGAAAUCACCUUACUGCCUCGCUCCCUCCCCUUCCUUCCCUCUCCCCCUGUGGUUUUUUUAGUGGUUCGGUGACUUUUGCAUUUCACAGUGUAAUCUUUCUGUGUCGUAUAUACAAACACAUACCAGUUGCAUCCUUUGUAGAAUUAUGUGGUUUGCGAAAUGUCUUGUUUGCCAUGUUUGAGACCUUAUUUUUAGAGAAGUAUUUUAAUUUUGCCUUUUUUUUUUCUUUUUUUUUUUUUUUUUAGGAAAAGACAAAAGAAAAGUAAAAAAAAAAAAAAUCGGCAUGCUUUUUAUUGAGAAUAUGUAUACUAUAAACCUUAUUAUAUAAUAAAGAAUGUUUGGCUGGCUAUUGUGGUAAAAGAAAGCAAAGGGUUUGGACAUUUCCCCUUCUUCUUGUUUAUGUUGUUCUUCUCCACUAUCUGUUUCUCUUGUGUAAAAUGACCACCAGACCCAUUUGACUGGGGACCCAGGGGGAGACAGGUGUAGAUGCUGGCCCAGCUUUGCUCUCUUUGGUCAGGGUAAGUGCGGGUUGGUGCUCCUUUCUCUCUCCAGCCUCUCAAACUGUGUGCAAGCCAACAUUUGUAUGGAAGGGUUUGCUCGAGCAAAUGCAUUUCAGAACAGAAUUCUGGCAAGAAAGGCUUGCUAUGGUCCUUUUUUUAAAAAAGAAAAAUUGAUUUUAAUGCAGAAAGGACUUAAAACACACUGUGAAAUCAUGUUGAGAGCUGGGGAGAGGCAUACAGAUAGAAUGGCCUGGGUGCAUUUUGAUCUGUGGAGCAGUCCUGUUCCUGGGGUUGAUGGGUGUGCGUCUGGUCUGGUCUGGUCUCUCCCUGCUGCACCAAAUUCUCCCCCUCCGUGUGUCUUUGUGUCCACUCUACUCUCAGACCUGCAUGUGUGAUAAUCUGUAACUUUGCCGCAAAAAAAAAAAAAAAGAAAAAGCCCCGCGACAGUCCAGCUCUGAACUAACUAUCUCAACUGAAUUAGGUCACCGUGCCACCUGGAACGGCCAGCGUGCAGCCGUGCGUGAGCGUGGCGGCUUGAGCCAUGGGGACGACUUUUAGCGCGACGCCAACGCAGUGGGAACUUGUUCUCUCUCUCUUCACCACCAAGGUAAAUGAAAAAAAAAAAACAAAACAAAACAAAACAGAAACAAAAGCACUGACCUCUCCUCUCCCCACCUGCCGCCCCUCCUUUGACUGUGCCUUGACCAAACACUCCUCCCCCCCCCUCUCCUCUGCCAUCACCACCUUCCCACCCCUCUCCCCGCUCCGUAACUCCUCCUCUGCUGCAAUGGCAGUGCCACACCUACAGCCUUGGGCUUCUCCUCGGUGGGGGUGGCGGGCGGGGUAGGGUGGUGUGGGGCUAGGACCCCCGCCUUCACAAGACUGACUGUCUCGCAUCAGCAUACAAGGCGACUGACUGUGCCCUCUCUGCCCUGCUGGUGUCUGCUAGUGAGUAAAAGGGAGUGUGUGUGUGUGCGUGCGUGCGUGCGUGUGUGCGUGCGUGCGUGUGUGUGUGACAGACAGAAAGAGAGCAUGGAUGUCUGAAGAACUUGUUUGGUGGUGUUUCAUUGAUCGGUGAGGCUUGGCACAUGCGGACACACCCCCACCCUCCCCCCCUUGCCCGCUAGUCAACUCCUCUCCACCGCCGUAUUCGCCGCCCUCACACCCUUCCUUCCCUUUCUCCCACCCCCCACCCCCCCCUUCCUUCCACCUCCUCCUCAACCCCACCCUACUGUCCCUAUGCGCCUCUCCUCUCCGCCGUUCACACACAGAGACACACACACACACACACAGCGCUUUUUUUCCGCCGCCACCGCCGUCGCCACCUUGGAUCUGGGUUCGUGGCUCUGGCUCGGACUCAACUUCCCAGAACCACCCACCUGACCCAACCUCCCCACCCUCCUUUGUUACCAUAGAGGCCUGGGCGUGCCAAUGGACAAUGUGUGUGUGGUGGCCCGCCGCCGGACUCAGUAACAUGACACAGAGAGACUACAAUGGUGGACAGAUCGCUUUGCUAAAACUGUUGAAUGCUGGGUUUGCUCCACAUGGCUGUGGAAGGGAUCUUAACACCUGUUUCCCAAAAGAACUUAGCUUCAAUGCAUCAAAAAAUGAUUAACCAACCUCCUCCUGUUGAGGUCAACAAUUCCCUUACCUUUGGGUCCCUCACAGCCUGUGUGCCAAUCAGAAACGUCCUAUAAGAUAGGCCUAUAGGUAUGAGGCCAGUCUGACCUGUAGAUUCUCAUCAAUCUCAGGGUUCCUAUAAGACUUUUCUGGGAUGGCAGCUCUAUUCCUGUAAUACUGUGAUCAGCUGGACUGGCUGGAUAUGUGCUCUUGAGUGACUUGUAUGUAUGUUCUCACCUGUUAAGAUUGUCCAUGUGCUCUGAGAUAGAAAGCUUAGCCCUCGCGCACACACGAUCCCACACUCACCGGCUCUCAGUAUGUGAGAUGGAGUCACGGCAGAGAGGGUUGUGUCUUCUGUCUGCCUAACAAACAAAGGGAAGGGUAGAAGGAGGGGAAUGAAUAGAUGAGCUGAUCAUAAGGUGAGUUGGUAGUGGAAGGUGCUCCUUAACCUCACCUUCCUGAUCUUGGAGGACCCUAUUGUUGAUUGCAAUAAUAGUUAUAGAGGCCAAAAUCUUAUUCUUAAAAAGGCCAGUUUAAACCGGACAUUUUAUCGUCCACAGUGUGUACUGAUAAUGCUGCCUCGUCUCUUAGGUCUCUUGUUUCUUGGAUGCACAUCGUCUUCGUUUACUAAAAUUUAGUCUUAAUCUUUUCACAGCAUCGAAUCACUAUACAUGUCAGGGAAAAAAAAAACAAUGCAACUGCAAGUUAGUCUUUCCUCAGAGUUCCUCUCUAAACGAUGCAGCAGCAGCAGAGUGAGCAGAUCAAGCGCUGGCUCCCUUCCUGGCCUCCAUGAUCAGGACGCACGGUGUUCCAGUUUUGUUUUUUCCUGCAGCCACCUCAUCCUCCCCACUCUCCCAACUCCUCACUAAAGGCUUCUUCAGGUGCUUGUGAGUCUGGGGCUUUUCUGUGCUUGGGUGAAUGCAGCCACGCAUCUCUUAAUACACCCCCCCCCCCCACACACACACACACACACACACCCCCCAACCCCCACCUGCUCUGAAUUCACAGUCACACUACUGACAGCCAAAGCUCGCUGCAGCCUCCUCCCCACUUCCACUUCCUCACCCACUCUCCCUCUGCCUUCUGUGGUUUGGACAGAUGAGGAACUGUAAUCCAGAUGCUCUAUAUGCACACGUCUCUGUAUUGUGUAUGUUUUUUUUUUUUCUUUUUGUUUUCUUUUUGAUGGGAUCCCGCAGGUUACAUCUGUUCUCCUGCAGCAGCUGAGAUGUGCAAGUGUGUGCAUCUGGAACACAACCCACUCCAGUUAGGUUUGAGCACAACCCAUAUAGACCAUAUUGCCUUUUUGAGUUUGCAAAGUGGAGAUUCAGUAGGUUUCAUUAAUGGGAUCAUGACUAUUCUAGCUCUUCUAGCACAGACGGGAAUCACAGAUAUCAGACUCUACUGCUGCUCAUCCUUCUUCAGCGGUAGAGUCAUACCUCAGCCAUUACCUCAGCUACAGGGGAUGCACACAACAUGAACCCCUGCAGAAUACAAUACAGCUCAAUACAGGAGCCCUGCCUUAAUGAAUUAGUUUAAUUUCGAUUGAGAAUUUGUAUAAAAAUGAGGUAAUUCUUGGUGCUGCAGGGUGCGGUGGUGGUGUAUUGGCCUGCAUUAUAUUCUGAGGUGUUACUGUUAUUUUGUCCAUCACUGACUGUGUAUGUUUAAUAGCCACCAGAGGCCAAGUCUAUCUUUUUCUGUGGUCCAUUUUAUUAUCAAAACUUGCAUUAUUGUUGCAUUAUGUUUACAGUGAUCAAUUCCCUCAGCUUAGUAGCAGCACAGUGAUGUACCUAAUGGUAACCACAAAUAGUCACACGGUAUCUAAGCGUCCUCAAGUAGGUUAAUGGACCAAGCUGAGUGUAGUUACAUUUAAAUACCUGAUUAAUUAUGAUAUAAAUCAUUCUAGUUUCCAAAGACACAUCAAGGGUGACCGAGUAAUGUGUCACCCCGAGAGGAUAGCAAUCUGGAUCUGCUCAUUUCAACAGAAUUUGUUCCAGCACAAAGUUGAAUGGGAUGGGAUUGGGUGGGAUAGGAUGGGGGGUGGGGGGGCUGGGAUCGUAGUUGAUGAAUGUUAGAUGAAAUGUUUGCGUCAACAUGUUUACUGUGAAUCACAAAUCCUGAUAUAAACACAAAUUAUAUUGUAUGGUUGUGGAUUGCAUAUAUAUGCCUUUUAACCUGUAUUUCUUAAAAUGUUGAGGCAUUUUUCAAUCUGCAUGCAAAUCAUGAAUAAAUUCAUUUUUAGCUCAUAUAA